AUGCCUUCUAUACGACAAUAUUGGUCUGUUGAAACAUCUAUUCCACAAAUAGCGGAAACUAUGUCCCGCAACCGUUUCCUUUUGAUCCGGAAAUUUUUCCAUGUCAAUAAUAACAAGGAUAUGGUAGCUAGGGAAGACAAAGGAUACAACAAAUUAUUCAAAAUUCAACCCUUCAUAUUCCAAUUAAAACAAAAUUUCAAAAAAAUUAAACUUGAAGAGAAGCUAGCCAUCGAUGAAUUCAUAAUUCCCUUCAAGGGACGAUCAAUAUUACGACAAUAUAUCAAAUCGAAGCCCCAUAAAUGGGGGAUAAAAGUGUUUGCUUUAUGUGGCUCUUCCGGGUACAUGUAUGAUUUUGAAAUAUACCAGGGAAAGUCAACAAACAUCAUAAAAUCAUGUUUGGGUAUCAGUGGGGAUAUCGUUCUUCGGAUAUCGGAAAUUAUACCUCCAAACAUAAACCACAAAUUAUAUAUGGAUAAUUUUUUCUCCUCAUAUCAAUUAUAUUUGAUGCUUAAAAAAAGGGAUAUUAUGGUAUCUGGAACGAUAAGAUCAAAUCUCUUAUCAGGGUGCACACUUAAAAAUGAUAAGGCUUUAAAAAAAGAAGGAAGAGGUGCCAUAGAUUACAAAAGCGAAAAGAAUGGUAUUAUUAUCUGCAAGUGGCAGGACAACAAAGCCGUUACUACUAUAUCUAACUUUAUAGGUGUUUUACCUACAACCAAAGUUAAGCGAUGGUCUGUUUCGGAUAAAGUCUUUAUAAAUGUAGAAAUGCCCGCAAUAAUUAAAAACUAUAAUGAGGGUAUGGGUGGAGUAGAUCUUAACGAUAUGCUGGUGGAGUUAUAUCGGACAGAUAUUGAAUGGAAACGAUAUUAUAUGCGAAUGGUUUUCCAUUUAUUGAAUUCUUGUGUGGUAAAUGUCUGGCUCCUAUAUAGACGCCAUAUGAAAGCGUUAAAUAAUAUAAAAUUUAUGCCUUUACUGGUAUUUAAAUCGCAGAUAGCAAAAGGGUUGAUGCUUGCAGGAAAGGAUAAUACAAAGAAAACCGGCAGACCUUCCAGCAUAGAUGUUAAAAGAAGAAAAGCUAUCAACAUUGCCCCUAUAUCGGAUAUAAGAUAUGACCAAGUAGGUCAUUUCCUAAUGCCCGUAAGUAUUAAGCAAAGGUGCAAGUAUUGCGUAGAAGCCUAUUCAAGAAUUAUUUGCAAAAAAUGUAAUAUCUAUUUAUGUUUAAAUAAUAAACGAAAUUGCUAUUUGUCAUUUCAUAUGAAAUAA